AUGCAAAAACGAGAUGCGGUGCGCUCUCUUUCCAAAUCCAUCCGGGCUGAACUUCAAAGGCUAAACUCUUUAUACGCCCGUGCUCGGCUUGACAACAAAGGUAGUCGUGAGACCUGGCAAGCCCUCAUGCGGACCUCUGGCAUCAAAUCCUCACACCGCUUACCUGCUGAGGUGGACAUAGAUGGUCUGAACCGGAGUUUCAUCAACGACGGAACCGCUUUCACUGCCCUAACUAAUGGAUAUGAAGUAAACACCAUUGACCCCGUCGCCAACGUUGCACCUGUCGAUAUUUAUAAAGAGUUGUCUCAGUUUAAUCCUCACAAGUCUGGCGGCCCCGAUGGAGUUUCACCUACUGUCCUGAAAGAAUGUGCUACCUUCCUUUCCCCUGUACUGUGUGCUCUUUUCAAUGACUACAUUUUGCAGUAA